AUGCCCCAACCACCACCGCCGCUCCUCCGCCUAAUAACACAUCUCGUCUUCAUUUUCACCACCGUUUCCGGUCAUACCUGUGGAAGUUCUCCUCCCUGUUCCCCCUUCACCACCACUCCUCCACCGUUCCCUUUCUCCCAUUCCCCCGGCUGCGGCCACCCUUCUUUUCAAAUCCAGUGUUCUCCUCCGCCGCUCCCGGCUACUAUAUCCAUCAACAACCACCGAUUCUCUGUCAUCCACUACGACCCCACCACCACUUCCCUCUCGCUCUCUCUCCACCCCACCACCGUUGCCAAUUGCAGCACCACACACUCUCUCUCCACCAUCCCAAAUCGACCCAUUAACCUUUCGAAUUGCCCUUUUCAACCCACCGACUCUUUCUGCUCUCGUCUCUCCUACCUCCGCCCUUGCCUCCCACCAAACCUCCCAAACUGUAGCCAUUGUCCGUGGGAGUGUAAAAUUACCAAAAACCCACUUCAGAUUAUACAUUCUUGUGGAUCUAUUCACCCUCCACAGCUCUCUACAGAAGGUUGCCAAGCUGACAUUUUAGGGUUUCUGGAUAGCUUCUUGAAAUUUGGGAUUGAAGUUGAGUGGGAGGAGAAAGAUUCUUACUUUUCAAGCUGUGGAGCUUGUGAAUCCAACAAUGGCGUUUGCGGGUUCAAUUCAUCUGAUCCAAAGAAAGCAUUUUUAUGCUUUGAAUCGCUCUCAAAAUCUCGAAAAGUGUCGCCGGCGAAGGAAAAACCCAAAUUACGUGUAGUGAUGAUGACUUUAGCUAUACUGUUUCUUUGUUUUCUUAUGUUUAUCUUGAUAAGCACAUACGUUUCUCGGAGAAGAAAGAACUCGCCUUUAGAAGAUCCGGCAGUUGUUUACCUUCACCGCCACCGCUCCGCCAGCCUACUUCCGCCGGUUUACACCUUCGAGGAACUUCAAUCGUCAACAAACAACUUUGACCCGCAGAGGAAAAUCGGAGACGGGGGUUUCGGGUCUGUCUACGUGGGUCACCUUCGAGAAAAUCGAAUUCACGCAAUCAAGUAUCUACACAAGCAUAAUCCUACAUCAAAUUCAUUUUCAACAAAAUCAUUCUGUAAUGAAAUCUUGAUUUUAUCUUCUCUAAACCACCCAAAUUUAGUCAAACUUCAUGGGUAUUGUAGCGAUCCGAGAGGGUUACUGUUGGUUUAUGAGUAUGUUCCUAAUGGAACUCUCUCCGAUCAUUUACACGUACACAAGAAACGGUGUUUAACUUGGCAAGUACGAAUUGACAUCGCGUUACAAAUCGCAACAGCGAUCGAGUAUCUACACUUUUCGGUGGUUCCACCGAUUGUUCAUAGAGACAUUACGUCGAACAACAUAUUCGUGGACAAAGAUAUGCGUGUUCGAGUUGGGGAUUUCGGGUUAUCAAGGUUGUUGGAUCCGGGUUGUGUGUGGACUGGUCCUCAAGGAACUCCCGGUUACUUGGAUCCGGAUUACUAUCGGUCGUUCCGGUUGACGGAGAAGAGUGAUAUUUACAGUUUUGGGGUUGUUCUUCUGGAACUUGUCACCGGAAUGAGAGCGGUGGAUGGAAGGAGGGAUAAGAGGGAAAUGGCGUUAGCUGACAUGGCGGUGGCGAAAAUACAGAUGGGGUUGUUGGGGGAGGUGAUUGAUCCCAGGUUAGCUACGGUGGAUGGUGGUGGUGUGGCGGCACUGGCGGAGCUAUCGUUUCGGUGUGUAGCGGCGGAUAAGGAUGAUAGGCCGGAUGCUAAGGAAGUGGUGGCGGAGCUGCGGAGGAUUAAGGGACGUUUACGUGGCGUGGGCGUCGGCGGUGGUGGUGCGGCGGUGGGACCGAUGAGGGCAUCCAAUUCGAGCAAUGUAGUGGUUCCAGAUGGUGGGCCGCUUGUGAUGGACUGA